UUGUCCGUUGCCGUCACUGCAGCUAGCGUUGCGCCGAGCGGAGUGCAGUCAGUGGUCAAGAUUGAAUUUAGAUAGUGCGAAAGUUCUGACGCGCUGUCCGUGUAGUUGUAGACGCCACAUGCAGCACACGUUGUGCUGUUAUUAAUUUAGUUGCGUGGCUUAAUUUUGUUGCCGCUGUAGUCGCUUUAAUUGUUCCAGUUACCGCUCGCUUUUUUAGCAGUGUCAGUGUGUGUGUGUGUGUGUGUGUAUGUGUCAUCGACUGUGCGUGGGUGUUUUUCAUAUCAAUUAACGGUAAAAGCCAGGCAUCGUUUUCAACGCUUUUGUUUUUUGUGCUUCCUUGCGCGCUUCCUUUUCCUCUCGCUGGGACUUGUUCGUUCCGCGUGCCAACAGUAGCUAGACAGGACCAUCUGGAGAAAACAAUAUGACGCACUGGGAGGACUUUUACAACACACAUCUGCCGCCAGCAGACUUCGAGGAUAAUCGCUCUCUGCUUAAGGAGUUCUGCGAACGGCAUAAUAAGCUGCAGAAUCGGAUUGUGCUCGUUACGUCGGGCGGCACCACAGUCCCCCUGGAGCAUAAUACUGUGCGUUUUGUGGACAACUUUAGCGCCGGCACUCGAGGCUCGGCGAGCGCCGAGUACUUUCUGGAUCACGAUUAUGCCGUCAUUUUUAUGUAUCGCCACAAGUCACUGGAGCCGUUCACGCGCCACUUCACUGGCCAGCAGUUCUUCGAUAUGCUGGACAUAGCGGACAACAGCCAGAGCUCUACGAUAGCCAUCAAGCCAGACUCGGUGGACGUGUUUGCGCCGGUGCUGGCCAAGUACAAGAUAGCGCGCGAGACCCAAAUGAUACUCUACGUCAACUUCACCAGCGUUGUUGACUACAUGUGGCUGCUGCGAGCCGCCUGUGAGUGCCUGGCUGCGUUUGAGGAGCGUGCUGUAUUAUAUUUGGCAGCAGCCGUAUCCGAUUUCUACAUACCCGAGGACAUGAUGCCCACACACAAAAUGCAAUCGGGAGAUGGGGCACCUACGAUUUCGCUGCAAUUGGUGCCGAAAAUGCUGGCACCACUAGCCAGCCUGUGGGUGCCGCAUGCCUUUGUGGUCUCCUUCAAGCUGGAAACGGACGAGAAUCUAUUGAUUGUGAAGGCACGCGACAGCCUCAACAAAUACAAGCAUAAGCUGGUUAUUGCCAACGUGCUGCAGACACGCAAGCAUCGUGUGGUCUUUGUAACGCCGACAGAUUCCUAUGAGCUGCAUUUGAGUCGCGAGCAAGCGCUGCAGGGCCUGGAGAUAGAAGAGCCCAUUGUGGCCGACGUGGUGCAAAAACAUGGCGACUUCAUCAGCAGCGCCCAGCAGCGCCAAUGACCGUUGUCGAUGCGCCGCCGGCAGCAGCAGCAGCACCACCACCACCACCACCAGCAGCAGCAGCAGCAGCAGCAGCAUUACCGCCAACUGCCAACCGACGGUAGCAGCAGUAGCAACGUCGACACCGCCGCAGCAACGGAUUUUCGCGUGACCAGUUCACAUUAUUGCCACGUCCUAAAUCCGGGCACGCCAAGUCUCGGACGAAAAUAUUGAGCAGGUUAUAGCGCCAUGUCCAUUUGCAUAUUUUGUACGUUUAAUUUGUAGUUGUCUAUAUUAACGGUUAAUAUCUAUCUUCUUAUGGUAACGCCCUAAAUGGACGCAUCAUAAUUGAUGAUGGUUGAAUGAGCAUGUUAUCGUUGACUGUUUGAAAAAUGAUGUCACCUCUUGUAUUACAUAUUUCCAUUUGACAGUAUCUUCUCUAUGCGUUCUCUGGCUCCCCAUUUCUGUCAUCAAGCAUACGCACCGUGGUAUAUGGCUUUGACACAAGUCUGAGAUCAUCAAUAAUCAGUUUUGUUUCUCUUGCGGCUCUCGUGGCCAGAGCAUCGCGUGAGCACACUCAUCCACAAAUUAGCCACCCGCACACUUACUUAUAUACUCGAACGAAUGCAAACACCAACACACGUACAGGAGCUUUAUAAAAUUGCAAUUUGCAGACCGGCCCUGACGGCUGUCGGUUGCAGGCAUUGCGACAAUUGAUUUACAAGCCGUGCAUAGCAAUGACUACAGCAAAAACAAUAACAGCAACAACUGCGGAACCUGCCAAAUGUCCUUGGCUGUUCAAAUUUAUGGUGGCGUAUACUUAAUGCCUUGACGCUUGUCUGGCUCAAGCAGGUCAAGUGGCGUUUAAAGGUCAGUUUUGAAUGCACUGCAACUCAACAUGAAAUUCUGACAGCUGCCACUGGCAAAUUAAAAUUUAAUUGGGGGCAAAAGAAGAAAUAUAGCAGAACGACCAGCAAGAAAAACUAAUUAACGCAGCGCCCGCAAAAAAAAAAGUAUAUAGAACAAAACAGGAACCGACGCAGACAGCACAGACCAUUGACAGCGGCAGCUGCCUCUUUGGCCUCUCAGGGUCUUGGGUCAGCCUUUUUUCACAUGUUUAUUGCAUGUUCUGUUGCUGCCGCCUUUUAUCUACGGCUUUGCCGCCUAAUCUACCUGCCUUAACUGUUCCCUGGUUGUGGCCUGUGCGACCAAAGGUCCAAAGCUGGCGCCACUUCCGGCCACAUUUUCGGUUUCGGUUUUGUUUCAGCCCCAAACUAGGCAACAUGUUUUUUUUUUGCGCUCGUACAGCAGCUGUGGCGUAAUAUUUAACAACUUUUUCUCUUUAAUGCUUGUGCGCGCCAGUAAAUGUGUUUGCGUAUGUGUGUGCGGGUGGGUGUGUGAAUGUGCAGCAAAUUAGAUUUUAUUGCGUUCACACGUACAACACACAAACAUGAAUACAUAAGAGUAUAGUGAAUUAAGCCAAGGCCCAAUUUCAACAUGGACAUGGCAAGAAACAAGCUAUCAAAACUUGCUAAAAGCAAUUCAACUUUGAGAAGGAAUUUUUCUUACAUUUGGGACUCUGGCCAUGCUUAUCAUCUGAGGCUUACCUUUGUUUUUUAUUUAAUUUUUCUAUUACAAAUAGAAAUAGUUUAUAAAUUUAAAUGAGAUCCUUUGGCGUUAUCGUUUACAAUUUAACAUAUGAAGUUUGUGCUCUUAGGCAGCUUGUGACGAUAAUAAGCCCUUGAAAUAUCUAAAUAAAACCCGUACAUACUGUUGGCACAUA